AUAGUGAUCGAGUUGGUAAUAAUAGUCCAGCAAUAAAUAAUGAACCACAAGUUAAAAUUGAAUAUGCAUCAAAAAAAGAAGCGAUGGAUGCAUUUAAAGAAUUACUUCGUGAAAAAAAUGUUCCAUCAAAUUCAACAUGGGAACAAGCAUUAAAAUUAAUUGGUAAUGAUGCACGUUAUGCAGCUAUAAAACAUAUCAAUGAAAAAAAACAAACAUUUAAUGCAUAUAAAGUUGCUCGUGUUAAAGAAGAAAAAGAAGCUGAACGUUUAAAAUUAAAACAAAUUAAAGAUGAAUUUGAAGCAUAUCUACAAAAUUGUGAACAUAUGAAUUCAACAAUAAAAUAUCGAAAAGCCGAACAAUUAUUUUCACAUUUACAAGUUUGGUCAGCUGUACCCGAACGUGAACGACGAGAAUUAUAUGAAGAUGUGGUUAAUUAUUUAGAUAAAAAAGAAAAGGAAGAAGCGAAAGCAUUAAAAAAACGUAAUGUCAAAGCUUUGAAAGAUAUUUUAUCCAAUAUGUCAAAAGUAACAUAUCGAACAACAUGGCAAGAAGCUCAACGUCUUUUACUUGAUAAUGUUGAUUUUGUUAAUGAUACAGAAUUGCAAAAUAUGGAUAAAGAAGAUGCAUUAAUUGUAUUUGAAGAAUAUAUUCGUGAAUUAGAAAGAAUCCAUGAAGAUAGUAUAGAAACUCAACGAAAAUAUAUUCGACGAACAAAUCGAAAAAAUCGAGAAGCAUUUUUAUAUUUUCUUGAUGAAUUACAUGAACAAGGUAAACUUCAUUCCAUGUCAUUAUGGGUUGAAUUAUUUGGUAUUAUUUCUAACGAUGAAAGAUUUAGUAAAAUGCUUGGACAACCCGGUUCAACACCAUUAGAUUUAUUUAAACUCUAUGUUGAAGAUUUAAAAGCUCGUUUCCAUGAUGAAAAAAAAGUCGUUAAAGAAAUCUUAAAAGAUAAAGGUUAUACAAUUGAUAUUGAUUCAACAUUCGAAAAAUUUGCUGAAAUUAUUUCAACGGAUAAACGAGCAGCAGCAUUAGAUGCUGGAAAUAUUAAAUUAACAUUUAAUAGUUUAAUGGAUCGAGCAGAAACAAAAGAAAAAGAACGGCUGAAAGAUGAAGCACGAAAACAAAAACGACUUGAAUCAAAUUUUAAAUUAUUAUUGAAAACAAAACUAGAGUCAUUAACAGAUCAAUCCAAAUGGGAAGAAGUUAAAGGAUCCAUUGAAAAUGAUAAUGAUUAUCUUGCACUUUCAUCAGAUUCAGAUCGUCUUCGUCUUUUUGAAGACUAUCGUCGACAAGUUGUUGCUGAUGCACAAGCAGCAGCAGCUGCAGCGGCUGCCGCUGCAUCUCAUCAUUCACAUCAUCAUCAUAAAAAAGCACGAAAAGAAAAGAAAAAACGUAAACAUGAAAAAUCAAAUAGUAGUAAUACAGUAGCAGUAAGUGAUUCCGAUGGUGAAGAAAAAAAGAAAUCUAGUUCGUCAGCAACAGCAACAACUACUACUACUCCUACUACUCCUCCUCCUGCUCCUCCUACAUCUCAACCAGUUCUAGUGGAUGCACCUGAAAGUGAUGAAGGUGAAACAAAAGAUAGUGAUGGUGGUACACCAUCUACGACUGCUCCACCAAUUCCAGUAACUGAAUCAACAACAAAAUCUAAAGCCAAAAAGAGUAAAAAGUCAAAGAAAAAACGCAAGAAGAAAGCAGCAUCUGCUCAUUCAUCGAGUGAAAGUGAAUCGGGUAUUUAUACACGUCCACAAAUACCAGAUAAUAAAGUUGGUUGUGGUAAAUGUGGAUACGUUGGUCAUUUAACUUAUCAAUGUCGCAAUUUUCUUCAAGCAAAUCCAACUAAAGCCGUUGUACUUGACGUUAGUUCAACUAGUUCACCAUCGAGUGACGACGACACAGAUACACCUCUUCAACAACUUGCUCGAGAAGAAAUCAAUCGUGAAAAACAAAACGUCCAAAAAAAAGAACCAAAAACAAGUGCAAAAUCAGAAAAACCAAAGCGUAAACGACAUCGAUCACCCAGUACAAAUAGUUCGUCGGAAUCCGAAUCCGAAUCAAAAAGUUCGAAACGAAAACGUCAUCAUAAACAUCGACAUCAUUCAUCUAAAUCAAAAAAAUCGAAAAAAUCAUCAAAACAUCUUUUUCUCGUUAUUGUUUUUCUUUUGUUUUCUUUAUCACAUUCUAUUCGUAUUCCUUUAACUGGUGACAAUUGGUUUAUUACUGAUAACAGAUCUUAUUCUGCUCAAGGUCAAAUACCUGGUACUAUUCAUACAAUUCUUCUUGCUGCAAAUCAAAUUACUGAACCUUAUUGGGACUUUAAUGAUAUCAAUCAGCGUUCUCUAGUUUAUUCUUCAUGGACAUUUACAAAGAAUUUUUCGUUACCACAAGAUUUUCUAACAUCUACACAAUUUAUACUUCAUUUCGAUCAAAUCGAUACAGUUGCUAAUAUAACAUUAAAUGAAUGUUUUCUUGGUCAAACAAAUAGUAUGUUUAUUCCAUAUACAUUCAAUGUAAUAAGAUCAUGUUUACAAUUUGAUAAUCAACUUCGUAUUGAUUUUCAAUCACCAGUAUUAUAUGCAUUAAAUCAAGCGAAAGCAUAUAAUGAUAGUGUACCUCCGGAUUGUACACCUGAUGUUCAACAUGGUGAAUGUCAUGUUCAAUUCAUUCGAAAAGAACCAUGUUCAUUUAGUUGGGAUUGGGGUCCAGCAUUUGCUCCAAUUGGUAUUCCAGGUGAUCUCUUUCUCGAAGGUACUAAUCAUACUGAUAUAUUGAUUCAACUUGAAAGUAUUAAUGUUGCUUCAUAUCAAUCAUCCAUCAACAAAUGGCAAGUUGAUGUAUUAUUAAGUAGUAACAAUGAUCUAUUUGAUUGUCAAUUAAAAUUUAUAUUAGAAAAUACUUCAUUUAUUUAUGAAACAAGUAUUAGAUUUGAUCAUAAUCUAUCGAUUUCAUUAUUAAUUCCUGAUCAAGACAUAGAACUUUGGUGGCCAAAUGGAUAUGGUGAACAAAAAUUAUAUAAAUUAUCUAUUUAUAAUCAAGAAGAAUUUAUUGGUUCACGUACAAUUGGUUUUCGUACAGUAGAACUUAUUCAACAUGAUUAUGGUUCAACUAUUAAUGGAACAUCAUUCUAUUUUCUUAUUAAUUAUCAAUCCAUUUUCAUUAAAGGUAGUAAUUGGAUACCAGCAGAUGCAUUUCAAGAACGUGUAACAGAUGAACAACUUGAACGUUUACUUCGUUCAGCUCAAUUAGCUAAUAUGAAUAUGUUGCGUAUUUGGGGUGGUGGUAUUUAUGAACGUAAUUCAUUCUAUGAAAUAGCUGAUCGUUUAGGGAUUAUGUUAUGGCAUGAUUUUAUGUUUGCUUGUAGUUUAUAUCCAAUUGAUGAAUUAUUUUUAAAAAAUGUUCAUGAUGAAGUUAUUUAUCAAGUAAAACGUCUUCAAUCACAUGCAUCGAUUGUUCUUUGGGCAGGAAAUAAUGAAAAUGAAGCAGCUGUUGCUCAAAAUUGGUAUGAUGUAUCCGAAGAGAAAAUGCCAAAAGUAAAAGAUGAUUAUCGUAAAUUAUAUGUUGAUAUAAUAAUGAAUAGUGUGAAAGAAGUUGAUAAAGGUAAUAAUCGACCAUUUGUUACUUCAUCACCAAGUAAUGGUCUUGAAACAAUUAAAGAAAAUUAUAUUGCCAAAGAUCCUGGUGAUCCACUCUAUGGUGAUGUUCAUUUUUAUGGUUAUCACAAUGAUUCAUGGGAUCCAACAACGUAUCCAAUCACUCGUUUUCUUUCUGAAACAGGUAUACAAUCAUUACCAAGUUUAGAUACAUGGUAUCAAGCAACAAAUGAUACAUCAAAUUUGAAUUUGAACAGUUCAUUUCUUCUACAUCGAGAACAUUCACAAAAUCAAUUAACUGCAAUGAUAUAUCAUAUUCAAAGUAAUUUACCAGUACCAAUAACAAAUGAUUCAUUGAAAAAUUUUACUCAAUGGAUUUAUUUAAGUCAAAUAAAUCAAGCUAUGACAUUAAAGAGUAUUAGUGAUGUAUGUCGAGUUCAUUCAUCAGUUAAUAUGAUUAAUCCAAAUACAAGUCAAGGUCAUACAAUGGGUUUAAUGUAUUGGCAAAUAAAUGAUAUUUGGCAAGCACCAACAUGGUCAUCUAUUGAAUAUAGUUUAAAAUGGAAAAUGGCUCAUUAUUAUGUUAAACAUAUGUAUGAACCUGUUUAUCCAAUAGUUAUUCUUACACCUUAUCUAGCAAAUCUAACCGAUGAAAAUGCUCGUAUAUCAUUCUAUGUAAUUAAUGAUCUUUUAAAUGAAACUCAUGGUCAAUUAAUGUGUUCGAUUCAUACAUUAAAUAAAUUCUCUGUUCAAUUAUCAAUUGCAUACGAUGUCGUUUUAGACUUAACAAGUAUGCAACAUGUUGCUGAUCUUUCAUAUACAUCGUUAAUGAAACGUACAAGUUGUUCAAAUGAUAACCAUUGUAUUCUUCAUUGUUCAUUUGAUUAUAAUCAUCAGUCCAUAGAUCAAACAUUGUUUUUAACACAACCAAAAAAUUAUCAACUUUAUCAACCAAAUCUUCAUAUUGAAAAUAUUCAACAAAUUACAUCAACUGAUAUUGUUAUAAGAAUUACAGCUACACGACCAGCUCUAUUUGUUUGGCUUGAUAUAUCAGCAAAUAGAAGUGGAUAUUUUUCAAAAAAUGGAUUUCAUAUGUUUGAACCAAUAAUAACCGUUACUUUUCAUUCAUGGAUACCAAUAAUAGACUUUGACAGAGCUAAUUUUGACCUACGUAUAAGUUCAUUAUUUGAUGUAACACAACCAUAA